AAGGUCUUAAAAGGUCUUAAAUUUGAUAUUAUGAUAUUGGCAGAGACCCUGUUAAACCAAUAAUGAUUGUCUUUCUUUCUUGCUUUUCUAGGGCUUGCGGUCAUUCUUGAUGAGGAGGAAGAUGCUCUCUUCAGGGCUAGCCCGGCUGUCAAAGUGCCUGACACCGCCUCACAGACUCCAACUCCUGCUGAUAUUUCCACUGGCCCUCAGACUGGCACAGUUUCAGAGAUCAAUGUUCCCUCUGAGACUGCCACUGAGGAAACCAUUGCUGUUGAAGUCAGCAUCACCCCGGAACCAACCCCUGCCUCUCAAACUGGCUCUUCUUCAAAGACUGAUGAUUCUUCUGAGGAAUCGACUGCCGUUGAGAGCAGCACCACCGGUGAAGCCAACACUGCCACUCAAACUGGCUCUUCCUCAGAGACUAAAGAUACUUGUGUCACAGUAUCGGAGGAAUCGACUGCCGUUGAGAGCAGCAACACCGGUGAAACUACCAAAGAUUCUCAGACUGGCUCUGUGUCAGAGACCGACAUGUCUGAGACUGUGACUGAGGAAACAACAACCAGCUCUGCCUCUUCUUCAGAGACUGAAGAUACUUGUGUCACAGUCACUGAGGAAUCGACUGCUAGUGAGAGCAGAACCACCGGUGAAGCCAACACUGCCUCUCAAACUGCCUCUUCCUCAAAGACUGAAGAUACUUCUGUCACAGUCACUGAGGAAUCGACUGCCAGUGAGAGCAGAACCACCGGUGAACCCCACAGUGCUUCUCAGACUGGCACUGACUCAGAGACCAAUGCUCCCUCUGAGACUGUCACUGAGGAAACCACUGCUGGAGAGAGCAGCACCACAUCUGAAGACACCACUGCCUCUCAAACUGGCACAGUCUCAGAGACUGACGAUACUUCUGUCGCAGUCACUGAGGAAUCCACCGCCAAUGAGAGCAGCACCAUCGAUGAAACUACCAGUGAAUCUCAGACUGACACUCUCUCAGACAGCGAUGUUACCUUUCAGACAGUCAUUGAGACAGCCACUGACCAAGAUGCCACCAACAACGGUUAUGAAGUCGACAAUAUUUUGGACAUAGUAAAUACCGUUGAUUUGUUAUCUGAAGAGAGACUAUUGUGACGACCCCUUGUGGUCGUUUGUGGCUGGGGUGUGGGUGUCGGUCUGUGCAUCUGUGUGUGUGUGUGUGUUGCAGGUCCAGCUGAUUGCGCUGGGAUUGAGAACACCGGUUUGUGAUUGAGUUGCUCUGCUAUAAAUAGCGUGUUCGUUUCAGACGAGGAGAGGCUGCACGUGGAAUCUGGUCACUUACCUUUCGGCUGGGAUCGGUUUUGGACCUGAUGGGCUAGCAACAUGACCUUUGAUAAUAGUAAAUAAAUAUAUUUUUGUACCGCAAUUGUACUCGACUUCUCCUUAUUUGUGGUGACCGGUUUAGGUCAUAACAAAUGGCUCGUCUAAAACAUUUUUCUUAGACUGGUUAAAUUUGGUAUUGUUUGUAUAAUUUUUGUUAUUGUUUUGGAUUUUGUUAAAUUUGUUUUGGUUAAUUGGUUAUGAUGAUAAAACUGAAAUUUGAUUUAUUAUUGGGAGAAUCGAGUGCAAUUGUAUUGAAAGAAUAGACUUAUUUUGUGUAAUUCCAUGCACAGCUGGUUGACAUUUCAAAUAGCCCUGUGAAUUAAUUUCGUUGUUAGGAUUAAGUGAUAUGUCUCUUGGGACAUGUCAAUUUUUUUUUUUUAGUUUGUUAUUUUUGAGCAGAUCGGUGGUUAGAGCUAUGUCUCGGGAGCACGCCGAGGUGUGAGAGAAUCGCCAAUAUAAUUGGUUGUUGUUCUCAGCCUGCGGUAUUUGGUGCAUAAAAA